AUGGAGGGCCCCAUGGCGCUGAUGGCGCCGCACGUGCUGGGCCCCCACGGCCCCCCGCACCCCAUGCCGCCGCCGGGGCACCCGCACCCCAUGUCGCCCAUGCGGCACCUCGGGCCGCCGGGACUCGGGCUCUUCAACUCGCUCAUGGGGUCCCCGCUGGAGUUCAUGGCGGCGGCCCAGGCGCAGGCCCAGGCCCACCACGGCCACCCGCCGGGCCACCCGCAGGGCCACCCCGGAGCCCACGGCGCCGGCCACCCGGGCGGCCACCCCGCCGGCCACCCGGGCCACCCGCCCCGGUCGUACAACAGCCCGCCGCCCAUCUCCAGCUCGGACCCCACGGCCAACGAGUGCAAGCUGGUGACGUACCGCGGCCAGAAGGUGGCCGCCUUCAUGAUCAACGGCGAGACCAUGCUGUGCCUGCCGCAGGCCUUCGAGCUCUUCCUGAAGCACCUGGUGGGCGGGCUGCACACCGUGUACACCAAGCUCAAGCGCCUGGACAUUGUGCCACUCGUGUGCAACGUGGAGCAGGUCCGCAUCCUGAGGGGCCUGGGCGCCAUCCAGCCCGGCGUCAACCGCUGCAAGCUGCUCUCCUGCAAGGACUUCGACACGCUGUACCGCGACUGCACCACGGCCAGGUGCCUGAUGUCCCAGCGGGCCCCGACGGACAGUCGCGCGGGGCGGCCGCCCAAGCGCCUCCCCCUGGGCCUGACCCUCCCCGCCAGCCUGCAGGGCCACCCCCAGCUCAAGAAGCACCGCCUGGAGAACGGAGACUUCGCGCCCUUCGAGAACGGCCACCUCGCAGGCUCCGACAAGUCCCCCCUGCUGUCCAACGGGUACAACGCGCCGCCCUCGCACCUCCAGGCCAUGCAGCAGUUGUACCAACACCCGCUGCUGUCGCCGGGGCUUCCGCCCCUGGCGCCCCAGGCGGGGCCGCACCCCAAGCCCCCCGCGGGGCUCCCCGGCAUGGAGGCCAUCGCAAACUGGGAGAACUGCCGCGCGGCGUACGAAGACAUCGUCAAGCACUUGGAGAGGAUGCAGCACGAGAGAGGGGACCCCGACGGCCUAGACAACCGGCCGCGGAACCUAACCUCACAUAACGGCUCCCCCAACGGCCACAGCCCGGUGCUGAACCUCUCCAAGGCGGCGGGGGGCGGCCCGGGCUCCGGCGCCGACUCCAGGGGCUCGGGGGCCGCGUCGCCCGCGGACCAGUCCGACAGCGACCCCGGGGUCUCGGACAAGGACGACGACGAGGAUGACGUCAUAUCGAACCCCGAGGACGACGAGGAGCCCCGACCCUCAGUGUGGCGACCGUCUCUUCCAGACCUGGCCGACGGCCACGCCGCCAGGGUGGGCAGCUCGCCGCCGGCGGCGUCUGAAUGUGAAUGA